UAUAUCAUCUUAUUGAAUUAGCAAUCCCACAACCUUAAAGAAAGUUGGAAAAGAAACAUGAAGAAAAUUGACGGUUCAACAACGUUGAUCAAGCUUUUGGUUCUACAAUGCCUGGUGGUCUUGUGUGCUUCGCAAGAGUUUGAUUUCUUCUACUUUGUUCAACAGUGGCCGGCAUCGUACUGCGAUACGAGACGGAGUUGUUGUUAUCCGACCACCGGAAAGCCUGCGGAGGAUUUCAGCAUCCAUGGCCUCUGGCCUAACUACCUUAGUGGCAAAUGGCCUCAGAACUGUGAUCGUCAAAGCUCUUUGGACCAAUCACGGGUCUCAGAUCUGAUAAGCAGAAUGGAGAAAGAUUGGCCGUCCCUUGCCUGCCCAAGCAGCGACGGCGUAAGGUUUUGGAGCCAUGAGUGGGAGAAACAUGGAACAUGUUCUGGCCUUAACCAACAUGACUAUUUCCAAAAAGCUCUCCAAUUCAAAACUAAAGCAAAUCUUCUCCAAAACCUUAAAAAUGCAGGAAUUGAACCUCGGGAGGGAGAACAUUACACAAUAGAGGAAAUAAAAAGUGCGAUUGAGGAAGGAGUUGGGUUCAGUCCAUUCAUAGAGUGCAAUGUUGAUCCAAUGGGGAACCACCAGGUGUACCAGGUUUACCUUUGUGUGGACACUUCUGCACAGAAUUUCAUUGACUGCCCAAUUCUCCCUCGUGGAGGAAGAUGUGGUUCCAAGAUUGAAUUCCCACCUUUCUCAUCCCCAUCUUCCCAUGAUGAAUUUUAAUUAAUUAACUUCAUUAUAUUAUUAUUUUUAUGAUUCUUGAUUUGGCCUUUUGGUGAUAUACUUGAUGUUGUUUUUCUUUGUUUGUAACUUGAAGGAAUAAAUUGUUUAUACAUGAAGCAAACUAUGUUUAUAUCUUAUAUUUCAAGAAAAACCAUUGAUUUUUCUCUUCCGAGAAA